CACACCUGUCGUUAAAUGGCUAGCGGGCCUUUGACUGCCAGGUGUUCAGCCGCCCAUUGCUUGCAGACCGUCAAUCGAGGACGACCGCCAUCCUCUACCUGCGGCGCUGGGAGUUGCUGGCAAAACCUUCUGAAUAGGUCUUAUCAUCAACAAGAAAACAAGAUGGCGAGCACAGUCCCUGAAGCUUCAAAAUGCUCGUCGGUGUUCCUAGGCAAGACCGGGCUAACGGUUUCCAACCUUUGUCUGGGGACGAUGACCUUUGGAAAGUCGCCAUUUGGAUUCCUGCAAGGAAACAUUGAUGAAGAGACAUCCUGCCAGCUGAUAGAUCGCUUUGAGGACUGGGGAGGCUACUUCAUAGACACGGCGGACUUCUAUGGCCCCAAGUUGUCCGAGUCAAUCGUGGGGAACUGGCUUCAAAAAAAGGAUCGGGAGAGGUUUGUCAUCGCCACCAAGGUUCGUUUUUCCAUCGACCCCUCCGACCCCAACAAGGUGGGACUCAGCCGCCGACACAUCACACGUGCCGUGGAGGAGAGUCUGGGCCGUCUACAGACAGACUUCAUCGACCUUUACCAGACUCACCUGUGGGACAACGCCGUGCCCCUGGAGGAGACCUUACGCACCUUGAACGACCUGGUGAGGUGUGGCAAGGUGCGCUACCUGGGGGCCUGCAACCUGUCGGGGUGGCAGCUACAGAAGUGGAUUCAGGUGCAGGAAAAGCUGGGACUGGAACCUGUUGUCUCCCUUCAGCAACACUACAGUCUCAAAGAGCGGGCAUCCGAGUGGGAAGCCUUUCAGGUUUGCAAAGGCAACGGUCUGGGAGUGUUGCCAUGGAGUCCAUUGAGCGGGGGAUUGCUGGCAGGUAAGGUCAGCCGGGACAAGCCCCCAGAGACCGGUCGCUUGGCUGAAGCUGCACAAACGGGUGGGCACAAUGACGGUGCUCCGGACUGGAAGAAACUGCAAGCAGACGAACAGCUGUGGAACAUUCUGGACGUCACCAAGCGCAUCGCAGCCAAGCAUGGUAAGAGUCAGGCCCAGGUGGCCAUUCGCUGGCUGCUGCAGAAAGACAUCGUCGCUUCUGUCAUCAUCGGCGCGCGCACUGUACAGCAGCUGGACAGCAACAUGGCCGUCGCAACCGGGUGGGCACUGACACCGGAAGAGAUGGCAGAGCUGGACAAGGUGUCGCAGCCCGACAAACCCUACCCCUACAGUAUGGCAGACAUGUUCAUGGGGGAUCGCGUCAACCCCUUCAACCCUCCACUGACCCUCUAAGUUUUCUGAACAUUCUACAAAUAUGUUUCUGUGUAAUCAACGUUUGUUUGUUGUGAAAUUAGUGCAGUUUGUCUUAGUUUUCUGCGUUUGUUGUAAGAAUAUUUAACUGACUCUGAUCAUGGACAGUGUUGAACUAUUUCAGCUUAUCUACAGGAAACGUUUGACUUUGUGGCAUAAGCAGUAAAUUCUAACAGAAUGAAAUGGACUUUUAAAUCAUGAUAUUUAAUACAAAAUAAAACUUUAUAUUUUCUACGUUUAUCCGACACUGAUCUCACGUGACUGUCAUCAUGCAUGGUCGUGACAACAUAUUUCUGAUUGUUGUGCUUUGUGUGUUUAAUAUGUCAAGAAAACAAAGUUUAUGCGUCUAAAAUGUUUGGUUUAUUCAUUCUAUAAGAAGCUGGUCGAUGUUUGUAAAAUGGUCUUCAAUCAGAGUCAGCGGAUUGCUAUGAUUCUCACAAGAAGACCAACUAAGGGACAAAAUACAUAAACACCAAUAUGUUAGAAAACUCUAGCACCAGGUGAGUCUGGCCUCGUAAGAAAGGCGAUAAACCUGUGUCCUAGGUCUGUCCUGUAUCCCAAAUUUGAAUAAAGAAACAUUUUGUAAUCAUCAAGGCAGUCUC